UACGGAGAGCAGGCUUGUUGCUCCGCUCCUGACGGCCGGGUUUUUAGUCCCUCUCGGUCUCUGCUUUGGGCCGUGUCUCCGUGCUUCUUUCACCUUCUUUAUUGAGAGGUAAAGGUCAAUGCAGAACUGUGUUGUAAGAUGCCUUAUGGUGAAAUUGAAGCUAAGUCCAUGGGACGUGGGGAAGAACGAAUAAGUGAACCAUGCUAUAAGAAAUUGAAGUCUACUGAAGAGGCAUAUGUUUUCUCCCAUCAUGGUAAUGCUCAUUUUCACAGAAAGCAAGAGAAAACUGGAAAUGAUUGGGUCCCUGUGACCAUCACUGAUGUCAGAGGACAUAGUUAUCCUCAGGAGGACAAAACCAAAACUACAAAUUUGCUGAAACCUGUGCAUGAUGAGAUGCUUGGUAAUAGACCAGGUGUUAUUAAUUCUGUUGAUACACGUCCUCCAUUGGUAUCCACAGAUGAUGCGAUAUAUAGCACAAGUAAAGCAUUUAUAGGACCCAUUUACAAACCCCCUGAGAAAAAGAAAUGUAAUAGAAGGAGGAAUCAAGCAGACACUAUCAGUGGUAUAGAUGGGAAAGGAGAACGAGAAAAGAAACAGAAAUUUAAUUCUAAAAAAUCAGAGAUUGACAAUGAAUUAUUCCAGUUUUACAAAGAAAUUGAAGAGCUUGAAAAUGAAAAAGGUGAUUCAGAAAGCAGUUGUAAGGAACCUGAACCCUCUGAGGAACAACUCAUUCCAUAUUAUCAGGGCCAUAGUAAUCUGUUAAAAUCCGAAGAAGAAAAGAAAAGAGAUCUUACCAGUGCCCUUCAGUCACAUUGGGGUUAUCAGCAGUGCGUGGGGAAUGAGCCAGGUAAAUAUCCUUAUAAUCGACAAGUAAUACCUACCUUUUGUGACAAUUCAUUUGCUUCCUUCAGGCCUGAGUGGCAAUCAGUGCAUUCUUUUAUAGUACCACAAGACCCUCAUCUUUCCAGUUUUAACCAUCACUUAAAUAUUCAAAGAUUCAACGUUCCACCAAAUCCAUCAUCAAAUAUUUUCCAUGCCCAAGAUGGCUUUCAGAUGCAAAAUGGAUAUUAUGUAAAUAGUUGUCAUGUUAACUGGAAUUGUUUGACUUUUGAUCAGAACAAUGGAUAUACUGACUGUCGUGACAUUACUAGUAGUGACCAUCCCUCUAGAAAUGGCUACACUGUGCAAGAUGUAUAUGCGAAUAAUGGUUUCUGUGAAACCAGUGAAGGAUGCUGGAAAGAUCCUUCUGUGGACAAGCAUAAUGGAACUGACAGGUUUAUGAACCAGCAUUUUCAAGAGGAAAAGUUAAAAAAAUUGCAGAAGUUACUUAUUCUUUUAAGAGGUUUGCCUGGUUCUGGGAAAACAACAUUGUCUCGAAUUCUGCUUGGUCAGAGUCGUGAUGGCAUUGUGUUCAGCACUGAUGACUAUUUUCACCAUCAAGAUGGGUACAGGUAUAAUGUUAAUCAACUUGGUGAUGCCCAUGACUGGAACCAGAACAGAGCAAAACAAGCUAUCAAUCAGGGGAGAUCUCCAGUUAUAAUAGACAACACUAAUACACAAGCUUGGGAAAUGAAACCAUAUGUGGAAAUGGCCAUAGGAAAAGGAUACAGAGUAGAGUUUCAUGAACCUGAAACUUGGUGGAAAUUUGAUCCUGAAGAAUUAGAAAAGAGGAAUAAACAUGGUGUUUCUCGAAAGAAGAUUGCUCAGAUGUUGGAUCGUUAUGAAUAUCAAGUGUCCAUCUCUAUUGUAAUGAAUUCAGUGGAACCACCACACAAAAGCACACAAAGACCUCCUUCACAGGGGAGACAGAGGUAUAUUCUUAAUGGAAUAGUUCCCCCAGCUGCUACCUGCCAUUCUGAGUUGGUCUCCAUCACAAAGAAUAAAAUGGGCAUUACUCAUCAUGUUCAACUAAGAGAAGGAGAUUUGAAGAAAACUGGGCACAGGUUCAGCAAAGCCAAGAAGAGAAACAGAAAAAGGAAAAAAAAGCAGAACAGUCAUAAUAAAAUUAUGGAGGAAAACUCAUUUGAAACCUUAAGUUAUCUUACACCAGAAGAUCAGGACCCAUCUCAGAGUGAAGAGGAAGACUUAGAAGAGACCAAAAGAGGAUCAGAGUGUUCCUUAACUGGUGGUCUGAGAAAUGAAGUAGGAGAUUUUGUGAAUGUCCAUAAAGAUGAGAGACAGGAAAACAUAAAUUCUGAAAACAGUUUGCCACAUGUUAUGUCGGUAGUUGACUUGGACAAUACACCAAAGAAUUUCCUCCCCAAGGAAGAUGAUGACUUGUUUCUAAAUUUGUCAUUGAUGCCAAAUGAAAGCUCUGUUUCUUAUUCAACAGUGACUCAAAAUCUCCCCUAUGUAGCAAGUGAUGACUGCCCUGGCACAAAGGUAGAAAAGCAUAUUGAAAGUAGGGACGUCAUGGCAUUUCACAUCCAAGACCGAUUUGUUGAAACCCCGUGCUCAUUUAUGCAGAAGAAAGAGAUGGUAGAUAAGAGUCUCCUGAAUGAAACAAGUCUGUACCAUCAAUAUGGAUCCAGAACUUCAGAUAAAGUUUUAAGAAAGGAACAAGGAGUAAAUACAUCUAAAAACAGUUAUUGGGCUUUUUUCUCAAAUGAUUUCUCUGAUGAAGAAUUACAGUUGGGCUCUGAUAGACAACCCUAUUUUGGUAGCUGGCCUGAGGGACCUAAUAAGUUUAUAUGUGAACAGAGACCAAAGAGAGAUAGAUGGCAAAAACUGGCUCAUCCUGACAACAGGGGACAAUUGAUUAAAUUGAUCUCUCCUUCUGAAGGAGCAUCAGGACCAGGAAACAGUCCUGAAACAUUGAUAGAAGAGAAGCUAUCGAUAGAAAAUGAUGAUUUGUCACCUCCAACUGAGAAUAUAGAUUCUAUCAUAGAAACAGAGACAAAUAUCUUUGGAAGCCACUUCCUUAAGCUGGAUAGCCUAAAGAAUGCCUUACACUCAACAAAGAAUAAAAAAAGGAGGCAGAAAAGGAUUUUCAGUUUGGCACCAAACUUUAACUUACUGGGACAGAGUCUUAUCAAUGUAAAAGAAAUUGGGAAAUGUGAAUUGUUAACAGAAAGCCAUGGAAUAAAAAUUAUUUUGGAAGAAAAAAAAGAUGUAAUUUCAGAAAUAAAUAAUGAAGAAGAGGAUAAGCAAAACAUUAUGACCUUCAAUCAUCAUCCAUCAUGGUUUUACUUUGACAUUGUCAAAGAUUCUCUUCUAAAUGUUGGUGGACAAUUUUAUUCUCAUUACCUGCUAUUUAAUAGACUAAGGCACUCUGUGUAUUUUUACAAAAGCCCCAUUCCUUCUCUUAUGCUACAAUAUACAUCUAGCUUUUGGAAGAUAUCUUUUACAAGCAAGAAACCAUUUUUGACUUUCAACUCUCAGAGGAGAGUAGAUGGUAAACUAAAUGAUGUAAGGUUCACUUCUUCAGAAAUUUUAAGCAGCCCACCUGAUACUUUGUACUCUUUUAGGGUCAAUUCUGAUCUUCACUUUUUAAAUGAAAGUUUUGGUGAAAAGCUAGAGACAUGGGAAGAACCUAAACCAUUACAGUUCUCACAAACAGAGGAUAACCAAGAUUUAACAAGCACUGACUACUUUGAUUCCCUUGAGCUACCAUUAUCACAAGAGUUUGCCUUUCAACUAGUAAAGCUUUUUGGAUCUCCUGGAGUUCCAGUGGAAUCUUUGUUGCCCGACGACUGUGUGGUUCCUCUUGACAGGAAGACACUGAAGAUGAUCUGUUUGCAGUGGAAGACGUCAGUAGAGAAAAGGCAGAAGAAGAUUGGUUAAAAAAAUGAGGAUUCCUUGAACUUUGAAGUCUCCAUCUUCCUGGUACUGUUGAAGAUCCUCAUCAUCAAGAAAGAGUGCUAAGUGGCAAACUGAAGGAUAAUUUAGAGUGAUACACUCAGUGGCUACCGAAAUUGGUUUGAAUAAUCUGUUCAACUAUUCUUAAUCAGU